AAUGUUAAUAAUUACAAUUAUGUAGCAAAAACAUUGUUUGUUUAGUUCUAAAAUGUUCAUUAAAUAGUGAUGCUUGUGUCAAAAGAUCUCAGAGAAAAUGUGCCAUUGGUUAAUGUUGUUCAAGGUGUUAUCAGUGUCGGUGGUGGUGUUAGCAGACGACGUCAGUGAUGAGUCGGAAGAGUCAUGUGGUCCUAAAUGUAUAGGAAUAGAGUACGAGUGCAUUCACGGCGCUUGCUACUGUUCUGAUGGAUACUACCUCAAUUACUUCCAAGGCGCGUGCGUCAGGUGUCCAGGAGAAGGUGAAAAAUGUUUCGACAAUUGUUGCUCGAAGACCUUGCAGUGCUGGCACGGGAAAUGCCAGCCAUGCUACGACUCUUCAGGGAAAUGGACUUGUCGGGAUCCAGUGGAUCAAAUUCUUUUAGUGUCUACGUCCCAGGUGGUGAUGGGCACGGCGCUCAUACUUGGGAUAGUUGCAACGCUUGUGUUAUUAUUUAAAUUAUGCGCAACGACGAAUUUAAGGCCUUUGGGCAGCGGAUCUCAUUUUGAUGGGCGAUUAUCAAUAGGAAGUCUGCAAAUGUACAUAGAAGAGAGGCUUCGAGAUGCACCACCGAGAUAUUCCAGAACAGCACCCGCCGGGACGGUAUCGCAGAAUGCGAUGGCCUUCCACAAUGAAUGUUUUGUACACGACAGCAGUAUACCACCGCCUCCAUAUUCAGAAAUCAAGCACGAAACCAAUCAAAACGCUACUUGGCAUAUUUAAAGAAAUAAUUAAGUUUGUAAUAUAAUAGAAAUAAUGUUGAUUAAAUCUGUGAUCAUAAGUUA